GAGACCACGAGUAAGGCGAUGUGUACAAUCGUGAAUGAGUUUAGUGUGUAAGUGAUGUUCUUGUAAUCAGAAGAAAAUGUUUUCGAAUAUGAUCGGUUUCGGCCGUUUUAUACAAUCACUAUGUGUUUGUCUUCUAACAUUUGAUAUACAGUUGUUUGGACUGUCAGCUGGUGCCAAUCCAGAAGUAGAACAGCAUUUAGAAAUGGGAAAAAAGCUAUUAGCAGCUGGACAGUUAGCUGAUGCAUUGUCACAUUAUCAUGCGGCCGUAGAGGGUGAUCCCGAUAACUAUAUGACCUAUUUUAAAAGAGCAACAGUUUAUCUGGCUUUAGGGAAAUCUCGGUCGGCUUUACCCGAUUUAGAAAAAGUGGUCAAACUUCGUCCAGAUUUUACUGCUGCCAGAAUACAAAGAGGAAGCGUUCUUUUAAAACAAGGAAAAUAUCAGGAUGCCAGAGAUGAUUUUGCAACAGUGCUGAGAAAAAAUCCUAAUAGUGAAGAGGCGGCCAUGUAUAUACACAAAAUAGAUGAACUACCAGAUUCAAUAAGUUUAGCCUAUAGAUUAUAUGAAGAGAACAACUAUCAAGAUGCUAUAGAAGUUUUAGGUCAAAUUGUUGAGGUGUGUCCAUGGGAUCCAACGUUUCAUGAAAUAAGAUCAGAAUGUUACGAAGCCCAGGGAGAUUUAUUUAAAGCAGCCAGUGAUUUACGUCAGUCGACUAAACUACGAGCUGAUAAUACUAAAGGCUAUUAUAAACUCAGUAAAUUACAUUAUGAAAUGGGCGAAGCAGAUGAAUCUCUUAACCAGAUCAGAGAGUGCCUUAAACUAGAUCCCGAUCAUAAACAAUGUUUCCCUCAUUAUAAAAAAGUGAAAAAACUUGUGAAAUUAAUGACAUCAGCUCAAGAAUUAACUAAUGAGGAACAAUAUGAUGAAUGUGUAAAAAAAGCUGAACAGAUGGAAAAAAUAGAAUCAGAAGUGUUUCAUUAUGUUUUAAAAGCAGCUUCACAUAGGUGUAAAUGUUAUUCAAGGGGUGGUCAUUUUGUACAAGCUAUAAAACAAUGCACUAAAAUUUUAGAAAUGGAUCCAGAUAAUUUAGAAGCGCUUGUAGAUCGAGCUGAAGCGCAUAUUAUUAAUGAAAACUAUGAAGAAGCUAUAAAUGAUUAUCAAACAGCUAGUAAUAUAGAUGGUGAAAAUAGACGAGUUAAAGAAGGUUUAAAUAAAGCUAAUAAAUUAUUAAAGCAGUCAAAAAAGAGAGACUAUUAUAAAAUAUUAGGUGUAAAAAGAAAUGCUAGUAAAAAACAAAUAUUGAAAGCUUAUAGAAAAUUAGCAGUUAAGUGGCAUCCUGACAAGUUUACUGAUGAAGAGAAAGCUGCAGCCCAGAAGAAAUUUAUAGAUAUAGCAGCAGCUAAAGAAGUUUUAACCGAUCCAGAAAAACGAAGACAGUUUGAUCAAGGUGAAGAUCCACUAGACCCUGAAGAACAAAAUAGAGGUGGUGGUAAUCCAUUUCAACACGGAUUUAAUCCGUUUGGUAGUGGUGGAAGUUUUAAAUUUCACUUUAAUUGAUGAAUGUCAAGAAUUAGUUGUUAAAUUUUGUUAUGUUUUUAAAGACUAUUUUAUUUCUACACAGAAGUCAAAACCCUGGCUAGAUCAUAUGCAAACUUUACUUUUAAGAAAUAGUUUUCUAUUUUGUAUGUUUCUCAAGGUAAUCUAAUUUGUACCAAGAUUUCAAAUCGGGCUAUAAAUGUUAUGGAAAAACUUUCCUCUCAAAUCAAGUGUGGCCAUAUUGAUAUCAAAGAAACGGUAGAAAAUUUUAAUGAACAAGAACCUCUACAGAAAAUUAAUGGCUCGAGUGUACUUCAAGAAAUUUUAUAAAUAUUGUGCUCUGUUGAAGGCAUGGGUGAACAUGGCUGGCAACAACGUUGUAGUUUAGACUUAAGAUAUAUGGGACUCCCUACAGGGCAGGUUAUAUCAGUGGACACAAACAACAGCAUCAUAGUGAACUCAAAAAUCUAAAGAAUCAAAAUAAAUUGAUCUUUGUGACACCUUGGCAAUAUGAAAAUACUUUUAUAAAUAUUCCUGUCUUUAUUAGCAACUUCUUUAUAAGUAUUCACUAAUUCAAAGAACAUUAUACGUUCCGAUACAUUACAAUUUUCUCUGUAGGAUAUAUUGGAAAUUUAUCAUAGCCCAGGAAGACAUUUUCCUUCCAUAACCUGUAAAGAGGUCCCAAUACACAGUUAAAAGAGUAACUCUGCUGAAUAUAUCCAAAUAUUCUUUCUCUUUGUCAGAGAAGGUGUUGUUCAAAUCAAACAAUAAUCAUUUUCAUUUGUAUUAAUAUAUUAAGUUUAUUUCUUGUCGGGUUUCAUUGACUUAAGUGCUUCAAUCAUAUUCUGCAUUUAUAGGGUUAAACCUAUGCCAACCAUUGAAAAUAUUCAUAUGUUGUACCCAGUAUAAUUAAAACUAGAUGCUAUUUUCAUUCUAUUUCCGUCUUCAUUAGCCCAGUUAAGGAGCAGAACAGUAGGACGUUAAACCCCAUUUCAUUUUAUUUAUUUGGUUGUUCAGUCCAUUAUUAUCUAAAGACAUGUUAAAGGGCCUGUGACAGCAUAAUAGUAGUUUGAUUUAGAUUUGUCCAUUCACCGUGUGUGCAGUGGAGAAACGUCUUUUAUACCAAAAUAAGGUGGAUUAAACAGCACUAAUAAAUAAACUUGAGUGGAUUGUUCGUAUAAAUUUAAUAAAACAUUCAUGGUCGAAUGUAGACGAAAAUUAUUUUAGAAUGAUAGACUUUAUAACAGAAAUGCUUUAAUUUGUAAAAAAACAAAUUGUCACUUUAAUUUUUCAAUGAAAUAAGACCUUGUUUUAGAUGACUUAUGGAAUGAGCUCAAGUCAAGUUGUACUUCGUAGAUAUGCUUUUGUUAUUUGUCAGAUAAUACUACAAUAAUUUAUGUUCGAUAAGGUACAUAAUCCUAUUAUUAGAACAAAUUACCAAAGUGGGUAACUUGUUACAAACCUGUAUAUUUCUGUAUAAAUGUGUGAAUGAAUUGAGUUUUUUUCUCAAAUGAAUGUGUUUGAAAUGGAAUGUUAUUCAUUUAUAAACUGUAAAUAAAUCCAGCAAAAAAGAAA